AUGUCGGCCGUUCUGGCUUGUAUCAGAAACUUGGUCCUCGGCUUAACGCGGGGUGUUGGGAAUUUCUUCAAAGGCAUCGUGGAAUGGCUGAAGAUGGCAUAUUCACCGAAUCCGUACUACCGUGGCAACAUGUUGACCGCCUUGGCCGUCAGCGGCCGACCCCCCUUCGAAGGCAACCUGCGGAUGGUGAUAUCGCAGGUAUUCCAACCUUCCGACUGGACCGUUAUGGAAGUGUCUGUGGUAAAGCCCAACGGACCGCCUGUCAGGGCCGUGCUGAAGAUGUUCGACCGCCGCUUCUCGCCCUGCGUGCAGGGCUUGCGCCUCCGUCGGGGCACCGGCGAGUGGACUCCCGAGUUUGAGGAGGAGUUUGUCGACUACGUCCACCGGGGUGCCGCCAAAGAGUACCUGUGGGGGAGCGAUGACGAGUCUGAGGUCGAGCAUGCCCCGAGAAAGCUGAACAAGCUCGAGGAGGAGGUCGAUCGUCAGGCCGAGUGCGAUGCAAUCUGCAACGAGCGGGUGAGUCGCUUGCAGUCUCGAAUGGGCGCGGAGAAGGGCAUCAGGUUACCCAAGACGUAUUGCACAGUGCGUAUGGCGGUCCGAGAAGAUUUCGACAAUCGGUUGCUGGAAGUGACCGGAAUACUCAUGGAGUAUGUGCCGGGGUUCAGCUGCGACCUCACCGAGUAA